AUUGAUUUUGAUGUUCUCAGAGACUCCUCUCAACUCCGUGAUCUCAUGAGGAGUUACUCUGAACUACAUGUAGAAGGAAGAUGAUUGAGCAAUUCAUCAACUUUGUAAUUCGUCCCCCAAGGGCAGAAUACAACCCAGAUCAGUACCUAUGGGAUAGAGAAUUUUCUCUUGCAGGCAGAACAUAUCAAAGACAGGAUUUAGAGCUUAAGAAUUCCAGGGGACAUACCUUGCAAUGUAGCCAUUAUCUCCCUUCACCUUUCCCUGAAGAUUCUUCUCUUCCUUGUGUUAUAUACUGCCAUGGGAACAGUGGAUGUAGGGCAGAUGCCAAUGAAGCUGCUGUUAUUCUGCUUCCAUCAAAUAUUACUGUGUUUACUCUUGAUUUCUCUGGAUCAGGCUUAUCUGAUGGAGACUAUGUUAGCCUUGGUUGGCAUGAAAAAGAUGAUCUCAAGGUAGUCGUGUCGCAUUUAAGAAGCAACAAACAAAUAUCAAAUAUCGGUCUCUGGGGAAGAUCCAUGGGUGCUGUUACCAGCCUUCUUUUUGGAGCCGAAGACAAUUCCAUAUCUGGAAUGGUGUUGGAUAGUGCCUUUUCAAACUUAUAUGAUCUUAUGAUGGAGCUUGUGGAUGUCUACAAGAUCCGCCUCCCAAAGUUCACUGUUAAAAUGGCUGUACAAUACAUGCGACGGGUUAUUGAGAAGAAGGCGAAGUUUGAUAUUAUGGACCUCAACUGUUUGCUGGUUGCACCCAAGACAUCCAUUCCUGUUUUAAUUGGACAUGCUAGUGAUGACAAGUUCAUUAAGCCUCAUCACUCUGAUCUCAUCUUCAAAUCCUAUGCGGGGGAUAAAAAUGUGAUUAAAUUUAAUGGUGAUCACAACUCUUCUCGACCACAGUCCUUCUAUGAUUCAGUGUCCAGUUUCUUCUUCAAAGUUCUCUGCCCACCUCAAGUUUCCAGUCGCUGGAGUGAACUGGAGAAAUAUUAUGAUCUGGGGGAUUUAAACAUUGGCUCUGGUGGCAACAAGAGCAUACUGUAUGAGAUCAUUUCUACCCUGCGGUCUGCUGCUAGUGGCGUGGCCAGUUCAUCAUCUGCUCCUCCAUGCAUUUCAACCAUAAAGUCUGUUAAUGAACUUCUUUCUGAAGUUGCAACGGAGACAUCUGUUGAAGAGACUUUGCAUGACAGUGAUGAAGCUGGCCGAGAUGAGCCUUCACAUAUACAGGACACGCUAAAUGGUCCCACUGAAGAAUGUUGUUCAUUUACUAGCUCAAACAGAGAAAGUUGGGGCAGAUGUUCAUCUUUAGGGGGCAGUGAUGAAGAAUCUUAUGCAGAUUUCAAUGCUGACAAUAGUUGCUCUCAGAAUAUCGUGGAUGUGCUUGCUACACCUCUGCGAAGCUUGAAAGAGAAAUGUUCAGAUCUUACUGAAGAAAAUGAAGAGAUAGGAAAGAAAGAGGAAGAGAAGAAGAAGAAGAAGAAGAAGAAGAAGGCGGAGAAGAAAAAGAAAAAGAAAGGUGAAAGUACAGACCCAAAAGCACCUAAAACUGACAAAUUUGACAAAUUGGAAGCUCUCGGCAGACGCAUCCGGUUUUGCAUCCUAAGGGGAGCAAUCCACCGGAGGCGAAGCUCCUCUUGAAUUUAACUUGUGUCACCCUUGGAUUCUCUCUAUCUUAGGCAGAAAAAUGAGGUCGUUUUGAGCAAAUCUUAGUCAUCAAGUUGAUUUGAAUGGUCUGAAUCUAUUAAGGUAGCCACUUGAAGAAAAAACAAAUUUGGAACGUUCAGAUUGAAUGAACGGCUAGAUUUUGUUCAAAAUGUUUCAUUUCUCUACUUAAAAUUGGGAGAAUCCAUACAACUUAACUGCACUGUUUGUAAUUGCAUCAUGCUUUCUUAAAGGCCAUUGCUUUUAAAUAUUUUAGGGCUUCUGUAAUUCCUAUCCUUCUGUUGUAUGUGCCUUAGGAUUUAGGAUUUAGUUAUGGAAGCAAGUCAUUUCUUGGC